AUGAGGCGAAGCCAGCACUGCAGGGGUGUCUUUGCGCACGAGGCCAGAGGCUGCCUACACAAAUUGCCCAUCAUGCCCAGUUGCGCCAAGGAGCCGGAGCUCCAGGGGCAUUGCCUGGCUGCAAAUCUUCCUGGCCUGCACCUCUUCACCUUGCAAGAGAAGUGCGACCGCAGCUUGAAGGACUUCCUGGGCAGCCACUCUGCAUCAGAGCCACAGAUUGCCUUCAUCGUGUCCAGCAUCAUGCAGGGGCUGGCGCACAUCCACCAGCAACAUGUCUUCCAUCGAGACAUCACGGAUGGUAACAUCCUACUCGCAGACUGCGGCCGCCGGGUCGUGAUUUGCGACUUCGACCUCUCUGUACAGACGUCAGGUGCAUCAGAAGUGGUGUGGCGCUGUGGCACGCCAGGCUUCGUGGCGCCCGAGAUCUUCAUCAAGCGGCGAGGUACUGCCCGAAGUGACGUCUUCAGUGUGGGGGCGAUCGCCUUCUUCGCGGCGUGUGGCAAGCAUGCCUUCAUGCGGGAAACCUACAAGGCCACUUGCCAUGCAACCAUCAACGAGGAGCCGGACUUCUGGGGAGGGCAGGUUCUUCAGCGCAGCCCGGCUUGUUUGAGCCUCAUCGACAACAUGCUUUGCAAGCAGGGCUUUCUUCGGCCAUCCGCGGCAGAGGCGCUAAUGUCCGACUGGCUGGAUCAGACCGAAAAGCAGGAUCUGUCAAAGGCCCUGCUCAGGACUCAAAAGCUAGUUAACGUCCGGGGCUGGUGCAAGAGGAACCUCGGAUGCUUCAAUCUGCGCUAUGCAGGGCAAACGUCUGCCGAGUGA